AUGGUUCAUCUUGCUGCCGUUAAGAAGGACGACGAAGUCUUCCACCCCGCUUCUCGGGACUUCGAGACUAUUGGCGAUGCCCCUACUGUGGAUGACAUCUCUUCCAAUGUCUACGGUAGCCACUUUGCGGCCGACCACUUGCCACAACAUGAGAUGCCCGAGGGGGAGAUGCCUCGCCAGGUCGCUUCUCGCUUGAUCAAGGACGAGCUGAGCCUGGAUGGCAACCCCAAGCUCAACUUGGCCUCUUUCGUGACCACCUACAUGGAAGAGGAAAUUGAGCAGAUCAUGACCGACUCCUUCAGCAAGAACUUCAUCGACUACGAGGAGUACCCCCACUCUGCAGAGAUCCAAAACCGUUGCGUCAACAUGAUCGCCCGUCUUUACAACUGCCCCACCGACCCCAAGGGCGAAAAUGCCAUGGGUACCUCUACAAUUGGUUCUUCCGAGGCCAUCAUGCUCGGCACGCUUGCUAUGAAGAAGCGCUGGCAGAACAAGCGCAAGGCUGAGGGCAAGGACUACUCCAAGCCCAACAUUGUCAUGAACAGUGCUGUCCAGGUCUGCUGGGAGAAGGCUGCCCGCUACUUCGACAUCGAGGAGCGUUAUGUCUACUGUACCAAUGAGCGCUUUGUCAUCGACCCCAAGGAAGCCGUUGACCUGAUUGACGAGAACACUAUCGGUAUCUGUGCCAUUAUCGGAACCACCUAUACCGGUGAGUACGAGGAUGUCAAAGCUAUCAACGACCUGCUCGUUGAGCGCAACAUUGACUGCCCUAUCCACGUCGACGCCGCUAGCGGUGGCUUCGUCGCUCCCUUCACUGUCCCCGAGCUGGAGUGGGAUUUCCGCCUCGAGAAGGUUGUCUCUAUCAACGUCUCUGGCCACAAAUACGGCCUGGUCUACCCCGGUGUUGGUUGGGUCAUCUGGCGCUCUCCUGAGUACUUGCCCCAGGAGCUUGUGUUUAACAUUAACUACCUGGGUGCCGACCAGGCCAGUUUCACCCUGAACUUCUCCAAGGGUGCCGCUCAAGUCAUCGGUCAGUACUACCAGCUGAUCCGUCUUGGCAAGCACGGUUUCCGUGCCAUUAUGAUCAACCUGACCCGCGUCGCCGACUACAUGGCCAGCGAGCUGCAGAAGAUGGGCAUGAUCAUCAUGAGCCAGGGUAAGGGUAAGGGUCUGCCCUUGGUGGCAUUCCGUCUGCCCCCGAACAAUGACCGUAUGUACGACGAGUUCACCAUUGCUCACCAGUUGCGUGAGCGCGGCUGGAUUGUUCCUGCCUACACCAUGGCCCCUCACAGCGAGAAGCUGCAGCUGAUGCGCGUUGUUGUCCGUGAGGACUUCAGCAUGAACCGCUGUGACAGCCUUUUGACCGAUAUUAAGCUGGCUCUUCAGACCCUCGAUGACAUGGAUCAGACCAUGGUGGCCAAAUACAAGGCGCACAUGGUCUCGCACAGAAACAACCCCCGCCACAAGCACAGCCACCAUGCUUAUCACGGAGAGAAGCACUCCCUGCAGGGCAAGGAGGGCAAGUCUCACGUUGUGUGCUAG